GAGGCGGAGCACGCGCUCCCGAUAAAAAAGAUCUGGUUCAGCCGAGUUGCCAGUCGCGGAGAAAAUCUCAGAGCCCAAACAGCCGACGGAAUCUCACCUGCUUCCCAAGCCGCCUCCCCUACCGUCCGCCCGCGAUGCCGGUGUGGGCCGACGCGGCGCUCGUGCUCGCCUCCCCAUCCCCCGCCACCGCCACCGCCACCGCCUCCUCGUCCUCCUCCUGCUCCCCUUGCGGCAUCAGGCCCCGCGCCUCCGUGGACUCCAGGCUCUUCUGCAAGGGUUUUCCUUAUAGCAUUCGUUCCAAAUCUGGAUUCCAGAUUAAAAAUUACCGUACAAGGACCUUCAAGGUUAAAGCAAAAACAGAAUCUGGUGAUGGCUACACACGGCUUGCUCCACUUAAAUUUGAAUCUCCAAGUGGUCAACUUCUGGUCCAAAUACUACAAUCACACCCUCAUCUGCUUCCUGCAACAGUUGAUCAGCAACUUGAAAAUCUGCAAUCAGAGAAAGAUGCCCAAAACGAAGAAGCCUCAAAAGCUCCCCAGGACCUCCUCUACAAGAGAAUUGCAGAAGUCAAAGAGAAGGAAAGGCAGGAUACCUUAGAAGAGAUCAUCUACUGUUGGAUUGUAUAUAAGUUCAUGGAGAAUGACAUAUCUAUGACACCUGCAUUAUCACCAGGGGGUGGCCCUGUACGCGACAUAUCCUCACUGCCUAACCAAGAGGAUAAACUGCAAAACAUACACUCCCCAGAUGCUUUUGAGAUGAUACAAAACCACCUCAAUCUUAUCAUGGGAGAAAAGAUAGCAGCACCACUAGACACUGUUGUUGAAAUCAGCAACUUAAAUCUCGGAAAGCUGUAUGCAGCAUCAAUAAUGUACGGUUACUUCCUUAAGAGGGUAGAUGAACGAUUCCAACUCGAGAAAACUAUGAAGACUCUCCCACCAAACCCCAAGCAACAGAUAGUAUUUGAAAACCUGAAACCUAAUCCAUUCUGGGAUAUGGAGUCCUUGGUACAAAUUUCACCUGAUGGAGAGGAGAUCGAUUUGAACGAUGAAGAAUCAAACCCGAACAAGUUGAGGUCUUAUGUUUCGCGCUUGGAUGCCAAUACAUUGCAAAGAUAUGCUACAAUCAGAUCAAAGGAAGCUGUCUCACUGAUUGAGAAGCAAACACAGGCUUUGUUUGGACGGCCAGACAUUAAGGUAUUGGACGAUGGUUCUGUUAAUGCAAAGGAUGGUAAAAUGAUAACAAUUACGUUUACAGAGCUCACUCAUCUUGUUUUGGAGGCAGCUGCUUUUGGAUCCUUUCUGUGGGAAGCUGAGAGUUAUGUAGAAUCAAAAUACCAUUUUGUUAACAGUUGAUUGUGCAUUUUUUUUAGAAUUUUUGGAAAUGGUUUGUGUGCAUGUGAUAGGGUAGGAUCCAUCUCUGAUCUGUGUUCCCAGUGUAUUCAUGGUUCUUGCUCGCUAUCAGUAACAGCCAAAGCAUCACCACCCUUGCCCCUAACAGGUUUAUGAUUUUCAUCAGAAGUGAACGUGAUUCAGAGUGUAAUUUAACAAGCAAAGGAAAAGUGAUACUCAAAUACUUGAUGCUUUUCAAAAUCA